AUGCCCUCCAAAGUGUCUGUUCUCGAGGGUGCUCAAAAUGUCAGAAUGGAAGGUGGCACCAUCAACGCCGUUUCUGGAGAUAUGACCAUCAACAAUUCGAGCCGCCGAACGACGAACUAUGACUCGUUCAAUGCCAUGAAUCGGUCGUAUAACAACGCGCAGAACAAUCAUUCAGUAAACGACUAUAGUACUCGCAAUACGAGGAACGUUUACGCGGAUACGGUCAACAACUUUGGAUACACACAGAACGUGAACACAGGGGAAAACCGUGGUACUAUCAACCAACAGGACUUUUCCGGAGGGCCAGGCAUCUCUUCAUGGCUCAUGUACGCGCAAAUGCAAAGGGAAUACGACUAUCAACGAGGCGGAGGUCAGGACGGUCAGGGAUCUCGACCUCCGAUGCCCUUUUCCCAUUCCGGUCCGCCCGCUGGGCCUCCUUACCAACAACAACCACAUAAUUACGGCUACCCAUAUCAGCCAUCUGCGGCAUACCCACCGAGGGGUUUCCCUCACGGUCAUCCUCAAUAUCAAAGUAGCGCUCAGUACGCAGCUCCUCGGGAGGGGUAUGAUGAUAUGCGUGAGGACGAUGAAGAUGAGGGGCUUAACACCCGUGGGCCGGUCCCCUUUUCCGCUGCUUCCCAUCCCGGAACCAGGUCCGGUUUGACCGCUUCAGCGCCUCCCAGUAUUGCGUCCUCGAACGCUAGCGCGCAAGGGGUCACUCCCUCUGCUUGGGGAUCGAACAACCCUUUUGGGGCUUCUUUUGUAUUUGACAUUUUCAUCACAAGGGCAUUCGAUGACGCCCCCUCUCCGGUAAAACCGUCAGCUUCGAGCGCUCAACGGGGAUUUAAAAGACCAUCAGCGUGGGAUGACAUCCUGGUUGACGUUCUUAUCGCUCACCAUCUCAUGUCCUCCAAAGCCUCCACCGUGUCUGUUCUCGAAGGUGCUCAAAAUGUCAGAAUCAACGGUGGCAGCAUCAACGCCGUUUCUGGAAACAUGACCAUCAACGAUUCGAGCCGCCGAACGACGAAUUACGACUCGUUCAAUACCACGAAUAGGUCGUAUAACAACACGCAAAACGAUCAUUCAGUAAACGACUUUAGCAAUCGCACGACGAGGACCUUUCACGCGGGUACGUUCAACAACUUUGGAAACGCCCAGAACGUGAACACCGGGAAAAACUAUGGUACUAUCAACCAGCAGGACUCCUCCGGAGGGCCAGGCAUCCCUUCAUGGGUCCACGAUAUGAUGUACGCGCAAAUGCAAAGGGAUUACGACUAUCAACGAGGCGGAGGUCAGGGAUCUCGACCUCCGAUGCCCUCUGCCCAAUCCGCUCCACCCGCUGGGCCUCAUUACCAACAACCACCGCAGAAUUACGGUUACCCAUAUCAGCUACCAGCUGCCACACACCCACCGAGAUAUUUCCCUCCCGGUCUUCUUCAAUAUCAAAAUAGCGCCCACUACGCAGCUCCUCGAGAGCCUGAGGAAGGAUUCUAUGAUGAUCUGUAUGAGGACGAUGAAGAGGAGGGACUUAUCCCCCGUGUGCCGAUCCCCUUAUCUGCUGCUUACCAUCCCGCAGCCAGGUCCGAUUUGACGGCUUCAGCGCCUCCCACUAUUGCGUCCUCCCACGCUAGCGCGCAAGGCGUCACUCCCUCUGCCCGGAAACCGAACAACCCUUUUAGGGCUUCUGUGCCUGGGCCCAGAGAUUAG